AUGGCUACGAACUUGGCGUCUUUAAAACCACCGUUUAAGGUGAAGGCUAGAUAUGGUUGGUCGGGCCAAACCAAAGGUGAUUUAGGAUUUUUGGAAGGAGAUAUCAUGGAGGUCACAAGAAUUGCCGGCUCUUGGUUCUACGGCAGGUUGCUAAGAAACAAAAAGUGUUCUGGAUAUUUCCCUCAUAAUUUUGUUAUAUUAUUAGAAGAAAGGCUAAACUCAAACUCUCUAUCAGAAAACAGUAGACAAUCUUCAAAAAGAGCAGAAAAUCUAGAGACUUCAAAUAAAGUUGUUAUUCCACCGGUUCCAUCAAGGUUUUCUUUUGAGGAGUCAAGAACCAAGAAAAAGUUAUCUUCAUCCGUACCAAACUCCCCAAAAAGACCAGCUGAUUCAUUGACAAAGGUUAGAAAGGCGAGAUCAAAGGAAAUAAUAAACGAAGAAAGUAUUUAUAAUACCCAAUCCUCACGGCAUCAAAACAUCUCUGCACCAAAUCUACCUAUAUCUAACCAAACCAAGCCCAAGGUACGAAACUUUGAAGAUUCCUUGAAGAACCCAUUACCACCGUUGCCACCAUUACCUGAUUUGAGCAAUAUGAGAAGAACAGAUAGAAGAACGCCAAAGAAAUCACAUUCUGCCAACGAUCUCAAUUUAGCUCGCUCUUCCAGAGAGUACAACUACUAUAAAGAUAACCAAAAGUUUUACGACGGAUUUAUUCCAGAAAAGAGAUCUUCUUUGGGGGAAGAUUCUAUUUCGUCAGGCUUAUUUUCAAAUUCUCAGUACCUGGAUGACUCGGUAUGUAGCAGUGAGAACAGUUUUGCGUUAAUGAGUGAUUUCAGUGCUACUAGUGCUGGAAGUUUUGCAAGGCACAAAUAUGCUCAGUCGUUUUCUGAUUCGUUGCAGAGAUCUCAACAUGCAUUUACUUCUACAAACAAAGGCGAUGAUCAACAGCAAUUUAGUGAUUCUAAUUCUAGUUCAAGAAACGGUAAAAUGGGCGAUAUAUUGAGAAAAAUAAUCAUUCCAAAGAGGAGUACCAAUAAUGCAUCCAGCUCAAUAUCUUCACCACAGUCUCCGAAAGCAUAUCCCAAACUACCAGACAUCCAAAAUUUGAACCUGUCUGCGACACCCAAUGAAGCUCGUGACUGGAUUGCGGUGAAAUGUCAUUUAAACAGAGCAAGAACUCUGACAAAAUAUGAGAAGCAUCCGAGGUAUAUGAGAGCACUCGAAGAAAAUCGAGAUUUAGUCUUGCAUCCUCAAGAUUCCAUUUAUAACGGCUUAAACACUAAUGAAGUCAAAGGUAAUACAAAACCUGGUUUGGUUGAUGUGGAACUGGCUGCGUUAAACAUAGAAUAUAUUGAUAAGAUGACUUGGAAACGAUGUGUUAAAGACGGAGGCAUGACAUUAGAUUCUUGGGCUCAAACAACGUUUUCAGCAAGAUACUCAACUGUUUUGGAAAAAUUGAGAGGAGUGUACAUUUUUUGUACGGAAAUGUUUGCACUAACUGAUGACAAUGGAUCCUCAGAUUUCUCUUCAGAACCUGAAAACUUGGGGAAAACACUAUUUAAAAAGCAUUGCACACCGUAUGAAUUAACUUGGCUCUUCAAAAAAUUAGCCAAUUCACUGGGAAUCAUUUGUGAGGUUGUUAUAGGUUUCUUAAAGACACCAAGUGCGGUGAAUUGGGAAUUCAAGUAUAACCAUUGUUGGCUAAGGGUAUUGGUUAACAGAGAAUGGAGGUUUAUUGAUGUUAUUCUAGGAAAUACAACUAAUCCAAUUCACGAAUUUGUUAAUAACAGAAAAAUUAAAAAAGCUGAAAACAGUUACUUCUUGAUGGCUCCAUUAGAAAUGAUUUACACACAUAUACCACCCAGGGAAUUCGAACAACACAUUGUCCCUAGCAUUGAUCAAUUGUCUGCGUUAUACCUACCGUUAGUCUUUCCAUCGUUUUUCAAAAAUGAGUUGAAGUUAUAUAAGUUUAGCACUGCUUUGUCUUUUUUGGAGGAUUCUGAAGUUUACGAAUGCUCUUUGGAAAUUCCUAAUGACGUCGAGGUGUUUGCAUCAGUGGUUAUCCCAACCGAUAAUGAAGAAAUUUCAAAUGCGUAUAGGAAUAUGGAAUUAGCAUUAACUCAAAUCAAAAAGCAAAAAGCAGAUUCCGGCAGGAGAGUUGCUCUCAUCAAAGCCAUUUUGCCACCCGGUGUAAGCAAAGGUUCACUAUACGUACAUUCUGGUGUGAGAGGUACACAAACCAGUAUUGCUAAUAUUCAUCCACUGUCCAUGAUGAUCCCGUUAACACAUAAGGGAAAUGAUAUGAAAUACGAAUUCUUAGUCAAGAUUCCUUCAGAAAGCAUCCAAAAAGUCGAACUAUACAUUGUUGAACCUCAGAGCAGACAUUUGUUUGCUGAUAAUGAUUACUCAUUCGAAAUUAUCCAAAGUCCUUCUGAUGGUAUUAUAUACACCAGUGACGAAGGACCAAACCAGAAUCGGAGACAGCCGAUGGCGGUGAAGUCACCUUCAGGAAGAGUUCACGAACUAGUAAAAAGCGACCCCCAUUUUCCUUACGGCACCUGGAAGACAAGCAUCAAGGUUAAAGAGCCUGGUGUGUGGAGCGCUUUAGUAAUUGCUGACUCCGGGAUUGGUUGGUCUGUUUUUGCCGAAUGGUUGUGCGUAUGA